AUGUUUUCCAGAUUAUCCAGAUCCCACUCAAAGGCAUUGCCGAUCGCUUUAGGUACUGCAGCUAUCGCAGCAGCAGCAGCAUUCUACUUUGCUAAUCGCAACCAGCAUUCAUUUAUCUUCAACGACUCGAACAAGGUGUUCAAGGGCGACGACAAAUGGAUCGAUUUGCCUAUAUCUAAGAUAGAGGAAGAAUCUCACGAUACCAGAAGAUUUACUUUCAAAUUACCUUCUGAAGACUCAGAAAUGGGAUUAGUUCUAGCAUCAGCUCUAUUUGCUAAAUUUGUCACCCCAAAGGGUUCUAACGUUGUUAGACCAUAUACCCCUGUAAGCGAUCUUGCUCAGAAGGGUCACUUCCAAUUAGUCAUCAAACAUUAUGAAGGUGGUAAGAUGAGUUCACAUCUUUUCGACCUUAAGCCAAAUGACACCGUUUCGUUCAAGGGUCCAAUAAUGAAGUGGAAAUGGCAACCUAACUCGUUCAAGUCAAUUACCUUGCUAGGUGCUGGUACAGGCAUUAACCCCUUAUACCAAUUGGCUCACAACAUAGUUCAAAACCCUAAUGACAAGACCAAGGUUAACCUGUUAUACGGGAACAAAACACCUCAAGAUAUUUUGUUGAAGAAGGAGUUGGACGAUUUGCAGGAGAGAUUCCCUGAAAAAUUCACCGUUAAUUAUUUUGUCGACGACAAGCAAGAAGUCUUAGAUUUUGACGGCGAAGUCGGAUUCAUUUCUAAGGACUUCAUUCAAGAGCACAUUCCAGGCCCAAAGGAGGACACCCACCUGUUUGUCUGUGGCCCUCCACCAUUCAUGAAUGCUUAUUCCGGUGAAAAGAAAUCGCCUAAGGAUCAAGGUGAAUUAAUCGGUAUUUUGAACAAUUUGGGCUAUUCAAAGGACCAAGUCUUCAAGUUUUAA